UCUUCUCUGCUCCUCUCUUACGUGAGACUGUUAAAGACUCCAUCCUCCAACAACAAAGUGAAUUCAUUAAUAAAUGAUGUGGAGAACCUGUGACGGUCACACUGACGGGGGUCCAGUGGUGGUACGUUCCUCACUGUUACAUAAAAUGCCUACUACUCCCUCUGAUCCUGCUGACCCCCACAGUGUCAGACGUUGGUACAGACCACAGUGCCGUAGCCCACUACGACUCCCCCCCCCAACCCCUCAUCCUUAAGCUGCACGGUUCGUUACAACCCUUGUGAUCCUGUCUGACAGAGGAAGCAGGACAGCAUGUGUGUGUGAGAGAGAGAGAGGCACUGAGGCAAAUGAGGAGAGAGUGAAACAGUCAGAGGGAAAAGCCAGAAACAAGAGCAAAGGCAAAGAAAAAAGAGAGAGGGGACAUCAGCAAACCAGAGGAGGAGAGGAGAAGAGGAGGAGAGGGGUUUGGAGUUAAGGUGCAAUCAGUUAAGAGAUGUGAUGACCAGAUGACCAGACACUUCAUCAACAUCAACGUCCUGUCCUGGAGCCUUGACAGGACAGAGCACUAACCCCCACACUCAGGUUCAGGGCAGUGACUCUCUUCAACCAGCCUCCAUCACUACAGCCAUGUCGUCUGUCGGGAAAACCAACCACAACAAGCGGCUCACGUCGGAGACAGACAACUCUCAGAGGGGUUUGGACAACAAUUCUGUCCAACAAGCCAAGAUGAGGGAGAGACAGCGCUUUUUUGAAGAUGUCUACCAACAUGACGUGGACAACUACUUGCCCUCCUCUAAUUUACUGAUCGAGUCAAAGAAACCACCUAUGGGCAGUAUUUCCUCUAUGGAAGUAAACGUGGACGUCCUAGAGCAGAUGGACCUGAUGGAUAUAUCUGACCAGGAGGCUCUUGACGUGUUUCUUAACUCAGGCUCCGGAGCAGAGGAGGGCGCAAUAGCAUCACCACUACCAGAGUGUGAGGAUGAAGAUGAGGAGGAGGAGGAGGAUGAAGAAGCAGAGGUCGUGUACAGGGGCUGUGUGCCAAUGAAACGGCAAAACGAGGUGCACCACAGCUCAAAGUCUCCCCUGUCCUCUACAUCCUCCGGCUCCAGUGACAACAGUGGUGUCGAGGUGGACACACCUGUGAUUCAGUCUGACGACGAAGAGGUUCACGCUGACACCCUGCUGCUGACCUCUGUUCCCCAGACCAAGGAUGAAGAAACAGAGGAGGAAGACGAGGAGGAAGGAUUCCUUGCAUCUAAACCCUCAUAAAUUGUGUUCCUCCAUUGUUGUUGA